UCAGCUUUCUCUUAAUUUCAACCCCGUCAUGAAGCUCCGAUCGUGGUUCUCCGCCACCUGCUCCUCCCACGAAUCCACCGUCUCCAUCCCCCAACCCCAACCCUCAUACCAAAAACGACACGUCGUCUCCGACUCCAGCAGCUCCUCCGAUAACCCCAGCAGCUCCUCCAGUACUUGCGACACCUGCAGCACCAGCCUCCAUUCCAAUCUCUCCCUCCAGACGCUGCCAUCUGUCCCCUCCCUUCAGAAGCUCAUCUCCCAACUCGACGCCCCAAACCUCUCCGUCUCUCACCUCUGCUUCACCACCCUCACUCCCACCCCCUCCUCCUCCUCUCUCCCGAUCACCUGCCUCGCCGUCCACCACAACCGCCUCUACGCCGCCUCCGGCCACGAAAUCAACGUCUACGAUCGGGCCGACUUCUCCCACCUCGACUCAUUCAACGCUCACGAUCCCUCCUCGGGCUCCGUGAAGUCCGUCUCGUUUUCCGACGGCAAGGUGUUCACCGCGCACCAGGACUGUAAAAUCAAAGUCUGGGAGAUAAUCCCGGGUAAACGGCACAGACUCCUAACCACCCUCCCCACCGUCAACGACCGUUUGCUUCGUUUUGCGCUCCCCAAGAACUACGUCAGCAUACGCCGGCACGUGAAACGCCUCUGGAUCCAGCACGCCGACGCUGUUACCGGCAUCGCCGUCAACAACGGCCUCGUCUACUCGGUUUCCUGGGACAAGACCUUGAAGAUUUGGCGGGACUCCAACCUCCGCUGCGUGGAGUCCGUCAAGGCGCACGAGGACGCCUUGAGCGCGGUGGCGGUGGCGAAGGACGGGACCGUCUACACCGGGUCUGCGGACCGUCGGAUCCGGGUCUGGGCGAGACCGCAAGACGAGAAGCGCCACGUGUUGGUGGCGACGCUGGAGAAGCACAAGUCAGCGGUGAACGCUUUGGCUCUAAACGACGACGGAUCGGUGCUGUUCUCGGGGGCCUGUGACCGUUCGAUCCUGGCGUGGGAGAGAGAGGACAGCGCGAACCACAUGGCGGUUACGGGAGCGUUGAGGGGGCACGGUAAGGCGAUACUGUGUUUAUUCAACGUCGGGGAUUUGCUGCUGAGUGGGUCCGCUGAUCGGACGGUGAGGAUGUGGCGGCGAGGGGAGGAUGGCAGUUAUUGCUGUUUGGGGGUUUUGGAGGGACACGUGAAACCGGUGAAGGCGCUGGUGGCGGUUACGGGAGAGAGCGGUGGCGGCGUCGUUUCGGUUGUGAGUGGGAGUUUAGAUGGAGCGGUGAAGGUGUGGCAUGUGUCGGUUUCGGAGGCGAUUAAAGAACAGAAGAUGUUAUGAUUAGUUUUUUGAGAGUUUUGUAAGAAUUGCAACACGUACAGGAGUACUCUGUCCCAGUACUGCAAUCAUUUUCAGAUUGUUUUUGUUUUUGAAAUAUGAUUGCUCGGACGGUGCUUAGCAUAGUGGUAUUGGUUUGUUGAUCGGAUUGAAUAGUUUGUAAUUGGCUGUUGAUUAAGAUUUUUGUUGUUAAUAUUGGUUGUUUAAUUAGUUUGACUAUGAGCAGAGUGAUAGGUUUGCAGUUAUCCGGCCUUUAUCUCACUUUGAUGUGAAAGCGUAACCGAAACUUUGAUGUGAAAUUGUUCA